CUCCGCUACAUACACUCCCCCCACGGCUGUCCACGCGCAGUUCCGCGUUGCUGCUGCAUUUAAAUCCUGCAGAGUUUCCUCAAACCCGCAGUUCCAGCGACUCACCGGCACCAUGUCCGACAGCAGCACCUUCGACACCAACGUGGUCACCAUGACCCGCUUCGUCAUGGAGCAGGGCAGGAAGGCCAAAGGCACGGGGGAGCUGACCACGCUGCUCAACUCGCUGUGCACGGCGGUGAAGGCCAUCUCCAGCGCUGUGCGCAAAGCUGGGAUCGCCCACCUUUACGGCAUCGCCGGCAGCACCAAUGUGACGGGCGAUCAGGUGAAGAAGCUGGACAUCCUGUCCAACGAUCUGGUCAUCAACAUGCUCAAGUCAUCGUUCAGCUCCUGCGUGCUGGUGUCUGAAGAGAAUGACAAAGCCAUCAUAGUGGAGCCAGACAGGAGGGGGAAAUACAUCGUGUGCUUUGAUCCUUUGGACGGCUCCUCCAACAUCGACUGUCUCGUCUCCAUUGGCACCAUCUUUGCCAUUUACAAAAAGACCACAGAUGAUGAGCCCUGUGAGAAGGACGCUCUGCAGCCCGGCAGGAACCUCGUGGCAGCGGGCUACGCCCUCUACGGCAGCGCCACCAUGGUAGUGCUCUCCACCGGCCAGGGAGUCAACUGCUUCAUGCUCGACCCGGCGAUCGGGGAGUUCAUACUGGUCGAGCGGGAUGUGAAGAUGAAGAAACGAGGGAAGAUUUACAGCUUGAAUGAAGGUUAUGCAAAGUACUUUGACCCUGCUGUCACAGAGUACCUGCAGAACAAGAAGUUCCCUCAGGACGGCAGUGAGCCCUAUGGCUCCCGCUACAUUGGCUCUAUGGUGGCAGAUGUGCACAGAACGCUGAUGUAUGGAGGGAUCUUUUUAUACCCAGGAAAUACGAAAAGCCCCAAGGGAAAGCUGCGCCUGCUGUACGAAUGCAACCCCAUGGCCUUCAUCAUGGAGCAGGCGGGCGGCAUGGCCUCCACGGGCUUCGAGAACAUCCUGGACAUCCAGCCCGAGAGCAUCCACCAAAGAGCUCCUGUGGCUAUGGGCUCCAGCGAGGACGUGCUGGAGUACAUCGCCAUCUGCCAGAAACACGCCAAGAAGUGAGACCGCACGGGACUCGCACAGCGGUCCUCCUGUUGGGAUGCACGUCACCGCCUCUGUAAUGAUGGUUUUUAUGUAAAAAUGGGUUUUAAAGACCAAAAAUGUGAAGAGAUUUGGAGGCACGGUGUUUUCAUGCCACGUUAGCCCUCCCAUUUUUAAGAGGUGCUUCAUAAGUUCACAUACUGCUAAACAAAAGCUACCAAAGACCAAAAAUGUGCCAAAACACACAAACGCACUUCAGUCUGAGACCUUUGCUCCUCAGUUUACCUCCAGUUGUGCCUUAAAUCAAAGAGACAUUCCAGAUGUGCAAAAGACCAAAAACAGCCUCUUUGCAACCAAACGUGAUUCUUUUAUUAUGUGAAAUAACAGCUGUUUGGAACAAUGAAGUCUCUCAAUAAAUGAUAAGAACGA